UCAGGAUUGGCGUUUUUCGCUGCGUGUGCUCAGCCGAAUCGCCGUGCGAAAUAAUGGGUGGGUAUGGAAGGCCGCCAUUGUUUCUAGCAGCUUCAAAAAGCUUUCUUUGAUCUGAUUCCGAGUUAUAAUCCUCUUCGAAUCCUGUCUUCCACCUUCGCCAAUCGCCGCCGAUCGAUCUAACCUGCUGCCGUGUCUCCAUGAAAGCUUUGCGGCCGCGGGUUGAGAGUUAGGUGGGUUUAGAAGUAGGAUAUACCUUUUUCUCUUCUUGGAACUUUGUGGAUAAGUUCGCGGGGGAGAAGCGAAGAAAUGAGGAGGAAUUUGAAGAGAGGGAGAAGUAUCGGCUGUGGCGUCGUCGAUGUUUUGGAGCGUGAAGCCGGGAAUUUAUGUCCGAGAAGCUUUGCUAGGCUUUUUGGGGCUUCUGAGGACCUCGUCCGCAGACUCACCGUUUGUAAAAAACUAGACAAACACCGGGGCUGCGUUAACACAUUAAGUUUCAACUCCUAUGGCGACAUUCUUGUGUCAGGUUCUGAUGAUAGAAUGAUAAUAUUGUGGCAUUGGGAUUCUGGGAAUGUAAAAUUAUCAUUUCACUCUGGCCAUAGUAACAAUGUUUUUCAAGCAAAAUUUAUGCCUUUCACUGAUGAUCGGAUCAUUGUUUCAUGCGCCGCUGAUGGGGAGGUGAGACAUACGCAGAUAGCAGAUGGCGGAAAGGUAGCCACGACGUUGUUAGGACAGCACGAAGGUAGGGCUCAUAGGCUGGCCAUUGAGCCCGGAAGCUCACAUAUUUUUUAUAGUUGUGGUGAAGACGGUCUUGUUCAGCAUUUUGAUUUGAGAACAAAAUCCCCGACGAAGCUCUUCAUUUGCAAUUCUUUUCAAGAUAAAUCUGAUUACACUCACAUUGUUAGUCUAAAUGCCAUCACAAUAGAUCCACGGAAUCCCAACAUUUUCGCAAUAGCAGGAUCUGAUGAAUUCGCCAGGAUAUAUGACAUUCGCAAGAACAAUUGGGACGGUUCAAAAAACUGUGAACCCACAGACUGCUUCUGCCCUCCUCAUCUGAUUGGUGAUGUCCGUAUUGGGAUCACAGGUUUGGCUUUCUCAGAUCAGAACGAGCUGCUUGCAUCGUAUAAUGAUGAGCUAAUCUAUCUCUUCUCAAAGAAUGAUGGGCUUGGUUCCAAUCCAAUCGUCAGGGAUGGUGGUGGUGGAUCCAGUUCAGCUUUAUCAUCAUCUUCUUCAGAUUCCAAUGGAAUGUCUGAUUUACAGGUUUACAAGGGACACCGGAACUGUGACACGGUGAAAGGUGUGAGCUUUUUUGGCCCACACUGUGAAUAUGUUGUUAGUGGGUCGGAUUGUGGUCGGAUUUUUAUUUGGAGGAAACGAGAUGGCGAACUCUUACGUGUGAUGGAAGGUGAUGCAGAUAUUGUUAAUUGUAUCGAGCCGCACCCUUCUGCUCCGCUGUUUGCAAGUAGUGGAAUUGAGAAUGACAUUAAGAUUUGGACACCUACUGCUACUGAGUUAGCACCACCUGUGAAAAUGGACGAGAUUAAACAGCCCAAGAGAAGGAACAGGCUCUGCCGCGUCGGCCUCCCUAUAGAUUUAAUAUCACAGAUCAUAGCUCUCCGGCAUUCUGCAUCAGCUGACGGCGGUGAAAGUUUGGUGGUUAACGGCGACCUGUUUGACCUUUUGAUGCGAGCGAGGGGUGGUGAUGAUUCAGCAGAUGACGGCGAUGGCGACGGCUCCGGCGAAAACGACGGCGGUGAUGGCGAAGACGACGGCGAGCAAGCCGAGAAUCCCAAUGAUUGCUCGGUCAGUUGAUAUGGUUUGUUCUCAUCAGAACUCUUAAGAAAUUAUUUCCCUCCCAGAAAUGAUUUUGUAAAUAUAUAAAUAUAUAUAUAUAUAUAUAUAUAUUUGUUUGAAUUCAACUUGGCGGCAUUUCAUAAAAUACUUUAUAUUCGUGGUAUCUCCUUGCCCGAAAUAUUAA